UAAUUCUUUGUCAUUCAGAUCAAGUUAACUCAAACAAAUUCUGACAAAAUAGUCAAAAUAAGGAGCAAUUACUGAAAAAUGGUAGAUUUCAAUAAACUUCGACUGUAUUUUCCCCCAGAUGUAUAUAAAGAAAAUUUUGGAACAUAUAAAACAUCCCAAAAUUUCACCACUUUGAUUCGGAAUGCUCCAGUCUUAGAAGAAGGAGACCACGCUCGAACAGAAUUCCGCUCGUGCAACGAAACAUUUUCGCAUGUAAGCCAGAAAUUAACAGAACGCAAAAAAAAUGCUCUGAUCACCUUAAACAAUUUGUUUACAAGAAUAAAGCAACUUUUAGAGCAAGAAGAGGCAUUCCAACAGCGUUUCAUAACGUCCGCUGAGCAAGUUAUUUUGAAUGGCGAGAAGAAAAAACGUGCUUUAGCACGAAUUAACAAAACCAGGAUCACUGUUAAGGAACAAAACGCUAGAGUAGAAGAAUUGAAACAGAGGGUAUUGAAGCUUAGACAGUUUAAGGACAAUUAUGUGAAAGAAAUUAAAAAACAUUGUAUUUACGAGGAGUUCCUUCAAUCCACACUGUAUGAUUUCGGCGUGAAAGGUACAUUGAAUGAUAUCCUGACCAGAUACAGAUCUUUGGAGUCCAAGAAGAGAUAUUUAACAUCAAGAAAGAACGCCAUUAUUGAAAAGCUGCAAAGAACGCGACAUGACAAUGUGGAGCUAGUUUUGAAUUAUUACAGUCAAAUAAUGAACAUGAUGAGUCACAUAUCUCUAUGCGAAGUGAGAUAUGAAAAAGCUUCGAAAAGGACUUCUCAAUUAGAGUGCCUCCUGACCAGUGUGUGGGAGUGCUGCGCUGGAAGACUUGAGGACAUAACUCUGUCUACUCAAGGGAUAGAUAAUUUGAACCAGAUGAUGCAAAAAACACCUCUGUUGCGGAAGAAGUUUUGUGUUUCUACUCUUGAGCAACAGGAUAUGCCACAGGUGAUUAACCAGGUCGUGGCCAUUAAGAAUACGAUGAGGCUUCUAGUUAGCGUUAUGGAGGAUAUUGGUCUGGAAGGCAGUAGAAAGGAGCGAACGAUAUUGUAAUAUAUUUCUACUAUCGAUCACGUCAAAUUUUAUAUUUAUAAUUUUAAUUUAUAAUUUUAAGUAUUAUAUAAAGUUUAUAUUGGAA